CUUCAAGCACCUGACUAGUGCAAUUCACAUCAUCACACCCAUAUAAAUACAUGAGCAUAUUCAAUUUGUCAGCUAUAAACCAAACAAAUUAGAAUUAGAAAAACUUCCCUCUCAUGGAUAUCCACACUGUUUUCCCUCAAGACUUACAAAUAACGGACGAAUAUGAAUAUUCGUUCAACGAAUUCGAAUACGAAGAUGAUGACUUCUAUCACGAGAUUAGGGAACAAGUUUUGCAGCUGACGGCAGAGGAGGAUAAUUUUGAUGAAGAAAAUCUUGAAAUCAAGAAUCAUAACACGGUGGCAGCCAAACAUGGCCUUAAUAAUGUCCCUGCUCAGAUAAAAAGAGGAUAUUACAACUGGCCUGAGAACAGGGAUGAAGAAAAUUCAGUUCCAGCAUGGAUUGUCAACUUGUGGAGAUGUGGUAAUGGGACAGGGGUUUUCAUACCCCAAAUUUUGCCUUCUCGAAGAAGAAACAGAUCAAGGAAGAAGAAGAAGGGGCAGAAGAGGAAAGGCAAACAAGAGAGUGGGGAAAAUAAUGACCUGGAUUGAAAUUUGCGUUCUUGCAGGCCUUCCUCAAGAUUUAGAAUUCCAUCUUUGUUCUUUUGUAUAAAUAAAUGCAUAAGGAAAUGCCUGGAUAUCAAAUUCUGAU